AGAAAUAAUUCAAAAUAUUUUAGUUUACAAAAAUUUCCUAAAGCUUAUUUCAUGAGACUAUCUACAAAAUGCGUAAUAUUCGUGCCACCACCCGGAACAAAUCUAAUCCAACUUCCUCCGUCACAGUGAUCAUCCUGCUAUUUGUGAUCAUCUACUACUGCGGAUUUCGCAUACAUUCGUUAUUUAAAACUAAUAUGGACUAUAGUGACGGACUUUCGAUGCUUGACCAAAACGAAACGGAUGACUUAAAGAAACCACUAAAGUUUGUGGUGCGCGAUGCUGUUUGUAAGAUACCACGCAUUUAUGCCUUUGCCCCAGAAAUAGAUGAAAUCCACACACCACUGGUGAGUUGUGCAACUGAACUGCAACGCACAAAACCACUCGUCUCCAAGAUGCUGGACCACGUCACAGAUCAUUACUAUUUGCACAUAAAUAAGCAGUGGAAGUCACUUUACCUGCAGGGAAGAGCAGGGAUCGACUGUUGCUUUCGAGAUAUUCAUAGGGAAGGUGAUGGCGAGAGCGCAGAUGCCAAAUCAAAAGUGUCGCCUUGCUAUAUCUUUCGGCAGGAUUUUGUUGUGCCACUCGAUGUGAAUGGCGUUAUCGUCAACUGCAGAAGCCGUGACAGUAACAAACUGAUUUUCGUCGAUGCAUUUUUCUUCAUACACAAAAGAAAUCCCAAUACAAAAUAUGAGAAAAGCAAGAGGAUAGGUGUGCUGAUGUUGGGUUUGGACAGCAUGUCGCAGAUCAAUUUACGACGGCGUAUGCCGCGAACGCAUAACUACUUAGAAAAUCACAAUGAGUGGCAUGAAAUGUUGGGCUAUAAUAAGCUCGACUAUGAUACUUUUCCGAAUUUGAUGGCUCUUUUAACUGGACGAAGCCUCAGGCAACAUCAAGGCGCUCUACACACCUAUCCCUUUCUCUGGGAUCAAGCUAAAGCCAUGUUCAUGCCCACUGCUUUCGCCGCAGAUCGCACAAACGUCCAUGUACUCACAGCUGAGACGACCGAAUUCACAAAUCCACCCACAAAUUACUACCUUCGACCUUUUAUGUUGGCCAUCGAGAACUGGCUAAGAAUGAAUGAUUCAUUUCCAGCACCAAAGUACUGCUUAGGACCACGUUUUGCAGCCAAUUAUGUACUCGACUACGCCUUGGAAUUUGCACAAAGUUUUGCCGGACACGGCGGUUUAGGCUUAUUUUGGGUGAACAGCUUUCGCGAUUACUAUAUGGAACCAACUAUGUUUGAUGAUGCAUUCUUCAAGUACUUGGCGCUGUUGAAGAGCAAAGGAGUACUGAAAAACUAUGUUGUCAUGCUGCUCAGCACUAAUGGCAUGCUGCGCGGUCGUCUCAAUAAACUUCGAAGUGGCUUCUACGAAGAACGUUUACCCUUCCUCUACAUUUCGCUACCAAACGCAUGGAAACGUAAACAUCCGGAGUUGGCGAAUGCUUUGCAAGCAAAUCGUAAUCGUCUCAUCAGUCCUUUCGAUCUGCAUCAAACCAUUAAACAUUCCUUGGCACUCGGCACGAGCGUACAACCACAAUUCGAUGACGUAGCCGAUUGCGCAAAAUGUCAGUCGAUACUGAAACCGAUUGCGACGAAUCGGAGCUGCAGCGAUGCGGGCAUUGAUUGGAUGUGGUGCAGUUGUGAGCCUUUCGUUACUGAGUGCUACAACACAAACUUCCUAAUGAACUCACUGCUAUCGCAUAUGAAUGGGUUGCUCUCGAUGGCUGGUUUACUCAACGACACUUGCCACUAUAUAAGCCUACGGACGCUGUAUGGCAUCUACAAUAGUCAGCGUGACAAUAAUUACUACUAUGUUAAAUUCAGUACUUCUGUGGCAAAUGCAGAAUUUGAAGUUGCACUUUGGUAUAAUAGUGACAAACUAACGGUAUCGCUGGACAGGAAUAAAGUGAAUCGCUUAGAUAGCAAUGCAGUUGGUUGCGUGCGACAAAAGGAUGAGUUGCUAAUGAAGUUUUGUGUAUGCGUUCAGAAGAAGGUGAGUUCGGGUACAGAAAAAGAAGCAGCAGUUGAGGGAAGCAAACGUGAAGUGGAGCAAUUCAAUGAUGUUACAAAUAUCAGCGCCAUAUUGACUUGAAACUGUGAAUUUGAUUAGCUUAGCUGCCUUCUAUCAGGAGCAGCAAAUUGACUUGUAUUUAACGUUCAAUUGAAAUAAAUAUCUAA